AUGUGUCAGCGCUGUGUCGCGCCCGGCAAACCCCGUGACCUGACCUUUGUGCUUAAAGACACCGAUUGCGACUUAUCUUUAGCGACAACAUCGAGCGGCAACUCUCUACACGAGGAACGACAAGUCGAUACAAGGUGGUGGUGA